CGUGCACAAUUUGUCGUAUCUUUGUGAAAUUCGCUAAAUUAUCGUCAUUCUACAUUUAUAUAUUCACAAUAGUUGUGGCUACCAUGGCUGAUUUGAAAUUAAAGGGUAACGAGGCCUUUAAGGCUGGAAACUUUCAAGAAGCUGCCAAUUACUUCACCCAGGCAAUCAAUGUUAACCCAAACGAUGCAGUUUUAUACUCUAAUCGAUCAGGAGCCUAUGCUUCGUUGGGAAUGUACGAAGAAGCUCUUGCAGAUGGCAUCAAAUGUAUCGAACUGAAACCAGACUGGCCAAAGGGCUAUUCGAGGAAGGGACUUGCUGAAUUCAAGCUUGGAAACUCUGCUGCUGCUAUGGAAACCUACAAAAAGGGUUUGGAGUAUGACCCAGAUAACGAAGCACUGAAAUCUGCAAUGAAGGAAGUAGCCAAAGGAGAUACUUCCUCUGCAUUCCUUCAGACUCUCCUCUUUGUUACCCAAAAGAUUCAAUCAAAUCCCAAACUCUCAAAGUACCAGGAGGAAGAUCCAAAAUACGCGCUUGAUUUGGCCCAGGCAUACUCUGCUAUACAGAGCGAUCCAAGUGCCUUUAAUAUUUAUUCCGAACUCUCCCCUAGGUUGAGAGAGGGUCUACUCUUUUGCUGUGGAGCUGAGGGACCUACUGAGAGUGAAAAGCGUGAAGCUCCAACUGAAGAACCAAAAGAACCUGAAAAGACUGAACCAAAACCAUCCCUUUCUCCGUCCCAAGUUGAAGCAAAUAAUUUUAAAGAGGAAGGAAACAAAUUUUACAAGCAAAAGAAAUUUGCAGAGGCGUUGGAGAUGUACGAAAAGGCAGCGAAUUUGGAUCCAGAAAACUUGCUUAUCGAGAAUAACAAGGCAGCCGUAUACCUGGAGAUGGGAGAAUAUGAAAAAUGCCUUGAGGUGUGUAACAAGGCAAUUGAUCGUAGGUAUGACGUUGUGGCAGAUUUUGUUGUCGUUUCCAAAAUCUACAACAGAAUGGCGGCAUGCUAUACAAAAAUGGAACGCUAUGAUGACGCUAUUGCUGCGUACCAGAAAUCCCUCCUCGAGGAUAAUAAUAGACACACUAGAACCGCGUUGCGUGAUCUUGAACGUCUCAAGGAUAAAAUGGAGCGUGAGGCAUAUAUAAAUCCAGAAAUUGCUGAGCAACAUCGUGAGAAGGGAAAUGAAUACUUUAAGCAAUUCAAGUUCCCAGAAGCAAAAAUGGAAUAUGAUGAGGCCAUAAAGCGCAAUCCAAACGAUCCAAAAUUGUAUAGUAAUCGUGCUGCAGCCCUUAUGAAACUUUGUGAAUAUCCUUCUGCUCUCACAGACUGCACAAAGGCCUUGGAAUUGGAUCCACAAUUUGUAAAGGCUUGGGCCAGAAAGGGAAAUUUGCAUAUGCUCCUCAAGGAAUACCACAAGGCUAUGGAUGCAUUUAAUAAGGGACUCUCGAUAGAAAAGGACAACUACGAGUGUCUCCAGGGAAAGCACAAUUGCUACCUCAAGAUACAAGAAAUGUCGCAAUCUGACAAGGUGGAUGAGGAGCAGUACAAGCAUGCAAUGGCUGACCCAGAGGUUCAACAGAUUUUGGGCGAUCCCCAGUUCCAGCUAAUAUUGAAAAAGAUUUCCGAGAAUCCUCAAUCAAUGAACGAGUAUAUGAGGGAUCCAAUGAUUUCACGCGGCAUAGAGAAGCUAAUUGCAGCAGGUAUGCUUGUUUCUGAUAUCAACAUUAUUUGCAGGUAUUAUAAGAACUGUCUGAUGGAGAUGUACAUACAAUAA